UCAUCAUUCGUCUUGCAGCUCCACAAGAGAGGCAAGCUCAUUGGUCUGGUACUAAGACCGGUUACCGGUACGAUGUACCGGUAGCGGUCGUACCGGGAGCGAUUCGAUUCGAUUUGAUUCAUUCAUUUCGAUUGAUUGAACUCAUUUGGUGCUUCUUAAGCAUCGAGCCUGAACCCUACCGGAACAUGCAGCAAGAGCGCGCUGCUGGCUCGACUGCCUCCAAUGACGGUCCAAAGCAACCUCCAUGUUAUCUUUCGCCACAGCAACGUCUGUAACGAAGCAAUUGAGGAGUCGAGUCGAGUCCGUCAACAAACAAAAACUCCACCAUGUCGUCUCGUCUUGGCAAGCAGAAUGCAAUUGAGUUGUCUAGUUUCCGGUCUGCCUUUUUGGCGGAUGACAGUUUGGUGACAAUCAUUCCUGACUUUGACUACUCUCAUGACAUUCCUCUCAUGUCAGCGUCCACCAAGGUGGGUCCUUUUCGAGCGGGCAUCCCUACGGAAGUGCCUCUCUGGUUCGCCCUAAUGCUCCAACAACGAUCCCUCUGUUCCCUCAAAGUCUUGGACUGGCUGGCCACGGAAAACUUGACACGAGUCAAACAGCACGAAACCACACAAACCACUCUGACGCCUACUACCAGUACUACUACGAGCACAACUACAACUACCAACGACAGUGAUGACACUACUACUUUACCCUUCUACUACGCCGAAUUGGGACAACGCUUUGUGUCCGCGAAAUCACAUUCACAAGCGGCCCAAGCACCCAAGGCAUCUCGUCUUUUGUUGCAGGACAUUGCUCAAGUACGUCUCGACAAGUUGCGACAACAAUUCCAACAACUCACUCGGCAACAAAUGGCCAAUCCCAGCAUUUGUGUAGCGGUUCCUGGAAUUGCCAGUGCCGAAUUGGCCACCCUCAAGCCACUCAUUACUCAGGCACUCAAUGAUCAACGAUUCUUGGCGACAUCGGCUGCUGCUGAUGCCGCAGUCAAGAAGAAACAACCUGUGGAAGACAGUAUAGUAGAAUCACAGAGUCAAGAAGAAUCCGUUUCUGGGAACAACAACAACAAUACCUUGCGCAGUCGUAUUCGUCGUUUGAGAGGAUGAGUUAGUGAGUAGGAACUCAAUCUAUCAGAGAAGAAUCCUCAGAGAGGAAACAAAAAGUUCACAACACAACAAUCUAUGGUACAAUAUCAUGCCAUCCUAAAAGAAAAAGAAAAUGGAGUGUGGAUUACAAUCGACUAGUAAUACGCAUCUUUUUACAGUCGAUAGCCUUUGCUACCAUCUAUGUUGCUUAGGGGAUCGGCUUCAUUCGUCUUGCCGCCACCUGGUAAAGAUUCAUUCAUUUAUGUCUCCAUGGAUCCCACAAAGCCAAGCCCUUUGGCCCCUGUGUUGGUCCUCAAUUAAUUUAUCUCCCGUGAACACCUUCUAGCUAGAGUCUGGAAUUUCGCCUCUGCUUUGCCGAAGACAGGCCCUUGCUGGGUUCAGUCCGACAUCGUUAUAGUUAUUCUAAAACCCAAGUUGUUCUUCAUAUCCCUACUCUUUAGAGAGCCACCUUUCUAUUCGUGAGGUUUCUUUGUUAGUAGCCUGAACCCUACCAGUACCAAACUUCAGCAUCGACAACAAGA